AUGUACGAUUAUUUCCAGUACAAAGGUGCCGAGAACCUCGACUCCAUCAGGGAUAAGGAGCCUCAUAGAUGGCGAAGGCAAGUCUGGGACAAGGCUUUGAAUAACAAAGCCCUGGAAACGUACGAGGCGUACACUAGAGACACAGUGAAAGACUGGUUAGACAAAAUCGAAUCUUACGGAGGGGCUCCCAUAAACACGUCUCUUUUUGCUGUUCUGAUCCCUUUCGACAACAUUGGCAAGGUUGCAUACUCGACCAAUUUUGGUUCUGUUAGGACUGGUAGGGACCUUCCAAUGCUUUCAUUGAUUGAGACCUUGUUCAAGACCAUCGGAACACUAGGCCACCUGGACUGGCCUCUCCCACUGACAGCAGACCUUGGACUCGGAAAGGAGCAGAUCCAGUUCGAGGAUAUUGCAGUUCGCAUGAUUGAUGAGCGCGACAAGCGUAGCGAGGAAGGCCUUGAAGACAUGGUCAAAUAUUUUCUCGAAGAUCUUAAAUCGGCAAAGCCAAAAGCAUUCUUUGACCGUAAUGUCCUCCACUCGGACUCGCAGGCCAUCCUCAUUGGCGGAGCACCGACUAUGGGAUCAGCGAUCGGAUAUCUAUUCUACCACAUCGCCAAGCACGCGGCUGUCAGGGAGAAGUUGUACAAGAGUCUUGCUGAGGUGUAUGGGAAGACCAUACCUGGCCAAUUCAAAGACUCGGAUCUAGCGACACUCGAGUAUCUAGAUGCAGUCAUAAAUGAAAGCAUGAGGAUCGUCAGUCCAGGGGGCUCAAAUGCACCAAGGAACACUCCACCCGAAGGGAUCGAAGUUGACGGGGUGUUCAUUCCUGGAAAUGUCAAGAUCUUCACGCCCAUAUACGCGUUCAGUUUGAGCGAAAAAUACUUUGUUGAGCCGGAGAAAUUCAUUCCCGAACGCUGGACCACCAGGCCUGAACUUGUUCUUGACAAGAGAGCGUUCUUCCCCUUCCUCCAAGGGCCAUUCAGCUGUGUUGGAAAGCGUCUGGCAUUGAUGCUGAUCCGGCUUCUCAUCGCAAACACACUGUGGUCGUAUGAUUUUGAAUUCGCCCCUGGCGAGGACGGCAACGAUAUUUUUAGGAAAGCCAGGAAUCAGUUAGUUGUCAAACCGGGCAAGCUAAACGUUGUGUUCACCAAACGCACUUGA